ACUAGUAAUAAUAAUAAACACGGCCUUUAGGGUUGGGGUUCAACCAUUGGACGAAUAAUAAUAAUAAAAAAGAACAAGUGCCACGUGUACAAUGGCGCGUGGAUACGUGCCCGUAUCAGGUGUGUCCUGACAUCCAACUCUUCUCGUUCCCUCCUUCGCAAUCGCUGCUCAACUUUUCGGCGCUACGGCACUAAUCGUCAUCCAAUUCCGAGCCUCAUAACCGUCAUCUAAUCGGCCAUCUUCUCUAUUCAUCGGACCUUGGUGGUAUUAUCACAUGGCACGUUAUAUUGACGAUGGCUGUGUGGAUGGAGUAGAGAAAGUUAAGAUAAUACCUGAAGAAGGCAGCUCAAUAGGUGUUCAAGAAAUUGAGAAACCAUUGCUUAUUUGCAAGAAAUGCCGUGGCAGUAUCACAGAGAACAAUGCAAAGAUGGCUAGUUGCAAGUCAUUCCCUUACCUUGUUCAUACACAUUGUGAAUGUGGUAAUGGCAACAAAUGUCUACUGUGUGGGAAUCCAGCUCAUUUUGUUUCUGUGAAAUUAAGUCAUGUGCAAAUGCCUACAGAAACGAAACAGAGCAAAUUGAGGAAAUUUCUCAAAAUGCAGACUGCAGAGGCGGGUAGGUGAAGAAAUACAAUGGACGGCUGCGCUUGCAUCAGUUAAGUUCUUAGAAUAUCUUGAUAAAAACGAAAAACCGGCUCACUAAAAAACACAA